UUGAUGACUGACCUCUCCCUUCACCCACCUCUGAUAAUAUCCUCUCACCCAUUGAAGGAUCACCACAUUCCCUCAACUAUUACUCUCUUGUUGUGUCUCCAUGAAUUUGGCUUAACCCCUUCUCAUUGUCGUGAGGACCCUUUUGUUUCUCCAUCUUGCAGCAUUUGGUGUUGCAGAGAAUUAGAACAUGGCUAAGAGAUCAGAUUUUGCACAGAAGCUGCUUGAUGAUUUGCGCCUGAGAAAAGAACGCAAUACUGCUUCUCAGUCUCAGAGGACCACCCAAUCCAACCAACUUCCUAUAGAUGCAUAUGCCUACUCCAAGCAAACAUACAGAGGAUCCGGGAAUGCAAAAGCUAUUGAAGCUGUUACUUCCAGAACCGGGGACACGCUGACUAGGCCUAGCAGCAGAAGCCAUAGAACAUCAAACAAUGGAAAAGCUUCGGAUCAGAUUGUAGUGUACGGGAGAGGUCAGAGCUCAGUGCAAUUGAGUGAUAUAUCCCUUGCCUUGGCUUAUGCAUUUGAUAAUGGAGGGAAGCUGAGAAGAGAUGAUUCUUCUCUCACUAGCUCAAUGAUGGGUUUCCUUCACCAGAUUAAACGGGGAACAAUGGAGUAUAGCAAGAUAGGAAGAGGAAGCAAUCUGGAUAGGCAAUUGGCUACAGCAAAUCACUUCCCUACUUCCUCUCCUGGGCAGAUCAAUGAGAUAUCCAAAGGUGUACAGAAGUUAAACCAGAUAUUGAGAGCCUGCUCCAAUGGUGAUCUUAACAUGGAUAGAUACUCGAUAGAAUUUGCAAAGGAACUAUUACGAGGAGCUAUGGAUUUGGAAGAGUCUCUGAGGAUGUUAGUAGACCUGCAGAAAAGUUCAGAUUCCAUGAAGAACUCACAGAAGAAAAAUCGGAUUACAUUUAUAGAGGAUGACAAUGAUGAUGACGAUGACGAUGACAGAACAACCAUGACUUCUGAGCAAAGACAACUGGCACCACCAAGAUUCUCCUUUGACGAGUCCUCGAGAAAUUCUCAUAAGCUUCAAGAGGUUGGAAACAGUGCUUUGACGCAGAGGCCACUUGUUCUUACUUACUCUAAAGAACGAAGAAACUUGAGCAAUGAAAAGCAAGAUGUUAACGUAUCGAAAUUGCUUCCCCACAGGCAAUCAACUAGCUCUAUUUCUGAUGAUAAGAAUAUCAAUGCCCUUUCAGAACAGAAAAAUCAGUCAGCUUCAAUGAAAUCCAACACAGAGAAGGCCAGGAUUCCAAAUGUGAUAGCCAAGUUAAUGGGGCUGGAUAAUAUUCCGGAGAAAGUGGAAUCAGGAAAUCCCUCUCAGAAGGAUUCAGGUUCUCCACACAAAAUAGAAAGGACGACAUUCAAGCAUUCUGCCAAGAAAAAUGAAUUGAAGAGCCGAAAAACAGAGAAUUUGGUGCCUCCAAAACAGCAAAAAGGGAUAGAACCUGUCAUUGUGCCUAAAACACAGGAAAAGGAGCUGCUGUAUGGUGCAGAUGAAAACUUGAUCAUCCAAAAAGCAAGCUCUGAGGUGGCAGUGAAAAACGGGAAAAUGAUAUGGAGGGAGUUGCAUGAAAUAAAAGCAUCCAACGGAGCCAUCAAAGUAGAGAAGCAGCAUAACAAUUCAUAUAAAAUGACCCUGAAUAGAGAAAGUGGAAAGGAUGUUCAUGCCAAUGGAAGAAAACAGGUUCAGGCAACCAACAGAGAACAGAAAGUGGCAUUAAAGGGAAGAACCAAUGAUCUGCUUCUAAAUAACAUGCUAGCCCAGCUGGAGCGGGGUCAUGAAAGAUCAGAAGUUGACUCUUCAUUGCAGGAAGAAAAAGAAGACAUUGGUAUUUUUCUUCAACCGGUGAAGAAAAACAUGAACAAGAAGGAAGCAACCAAUCAAAAGAAGUCUCAGAAUCACUCUGGAAUUCAAAAGCCUUAUGCGCUCUUGAAAUAUGGGCCACAAGAAGAACAGCACCACAGAGAAAAGCAGCUCCAGCACCGUGAAAAACAUAUGUUAGAGCUAAGAAUACAAAAAGGGAGCGAAGCAGCUUUGAAAAAUUCGUCAAAACUUUCACAUGACCUGGCCAAUUCACUGAAGAAGCAAACACUCACAAGCCAAGCCACACCAUUUAAGCACACUUCUGCAGAAAAUGUUGACGUUAUGAAACAAGAAGUUUUCCUAGUUCACGACCAUAAUGAUCUAAACCAGGAUGAAGCAUCCAAUGAGUUCAAUGUGAAAGUGGAACAAGUGAACAACAGGAAACCAGGUCAAAUUACCUCUCCAAGAAAUCAGCAAUCUGAACCAUUUACAGGGAAGCAUGGCUUCACAACAAUGAUGGAUCAAACAAGUGUUCAUAAACUAGCCAAUGAGAAGGUGAAGAAUAUAAGAAAGAAAAAAGCUGACUCAACUGAAAAGAUUGAGGAGGUGCUGACUAGAAGAAAUGGAACAAUGGUUCAUAGCACUGCAAAAGUGAAACAGGGGAGUCCCAAUUUAAAAGAAAUGAGACGAACACCAUCUGAAUCUGAUAAGUUCAAUUUAUCAAAGGAAGCUAAGCAAGAAAGGGCCAGCGUGUUGAAAGAAGCAGACGCUCGCAUCAUCAGCUCCAAUGACUCAGUAUCUAUCAUUGAACCAUUGAAUGUGAGACAACAACCACAUCCAAAAGCAGAACUCUCUCCUACAUUGUACAAUUCUUAUGGUGAGAAAGUUCAAGGCGAACAAGAAUUAUUAGAUUUGGUUCCCAAUAAUUCGUAUCGAAAUGUCAAGUCGGUGGACGCUAAUGACAAGCAGCAUCUAGCUACUCCUUUGGCAGUAGAUGAAAAAUUUGAGUCUUGUGAAAUUGCACCAACUACGAUAAACGGAGUUCAUGAAGAAAGUAUUGACAUAAACUACCAUUCACAAAAGCAAGUCCAGAGAAUUUCUAAAAAAGGAAUGCAAGAGCCACUCAGUGAAAGUGAAAACUGCCUCAAAUGGAUCUUAGUCACGAGUCAACCGUUCCUCAACACAGCAGAAGCACUUUUCAAGCUAAACAUUCCAUUUAGCAUUCUUCGAGGCUGUGGUGUCGUUGACAAUCAAGAUGAAGGAGGCAGCAAGCUGAUAUUAGACUGCAGCUAUGAAGUGACGAAACGCAAGGGGAUACGUCAAGAACUCAAAGUCCAUCCUUGCUUAAAGGCAUCAAUCAGUCCCAUCAAAAUUGGAUCAUUAGAUGAUUUGGUUAGGCAGUUGAAUGAAGACAUGGAAAAGCUAAAGUUUUAUGGCAGGAACAGAACUUCCCCUGUUCAUGUUGAGGACUAUCUUCCUACAAUGCUUGAAAAUGAUGUGUACAACAAGUAUCCAGACAUGAACUGUAUGUGGGACUUGGGUUGGAACCAGGAGACAUUUGCAUUCCUCGAAAAAUAUGAUGUCACAAGGGUUGUGGAAAAGCAUAUCCUUAAUGGACUUUUGGAUGAGAUUACACGGGAACUUUCGAAUGUUCGAGGGGGACCACACUAACAGUUACAUGCUAAGCUGUCCUUGUUCCCUGCCCCCCCGAGGUUGGGUUUGUUCCUUUUUUUUCCCCCCGGGGGGGGGGGGGUGUCUGUUCAUUGUUGAUUUUCUCAUUCACAUCGAUUUCUCAUAAACUCGCAAGGGGACCGGGGUUGCUCCUUUUUUUGAGGCCAGCUUUUUUUUUUUUUUGGGUGGGUGUCAGAUGAAUGAACAUUCAGAUUUUUGCAUGCUGAAUUGAAUGCAUUCUCCUUGUUAUUUAUAGAAGGAAAAUCAUGUUAUAAAUUUUGAUACGGUGGUAAAAGUGC